AGUGACACUGACUGUCAGCAUGUCUGCUGUCUGCCUCUUCAUUCUCAUCCUUUGCCUCUAUGGCACAGCUAGGACUGCUGCAGGUAAGGCUGAGACAGAUGGUUAUGAGGUGAUACGGAUAAAAGUUGGAAAGCAAGUCACCAUCCAGUGCAAAAGUGCUUCCAAUCAGGAGAUGCUGUAUUUGAAGAGAGGCCUCAAUGAGGAGGAGGACAUUUUUUAUUUGACAGAUUCAAAAUCUACUAUUAACCAAAAAUUUACUGACAGACUUCAGUUUCAUGGGCAACUCCCCAAUGUGGAUAUUCUCCUCAAAAACUUGACCCUGGAUGAUACAGGACCGUACUGGUGCGUGUACAUAGUGAGCAGCAACUAUGAGCUCAAAACCUCAAGAGGCAAUGGGUCUGUGCUGCUGGUGGUGACAGAAAACAGACCUUCACCUACAGUGCCUAAGUGUGACCAAUCACAGGGUGACACGCCCAUGGUCCUGGUCUAUGUGGUGAUCUGUGCUGGUGUGCUGAUUGUCAUCCUCAUCGCCUCUCUCAUCUGGAUCGUCAUCAAGAACAACCGCUUGCACAACAAAGUAAGAAGAAGACGAGAUGAGACCAUUUAAACUCUGCACCAGAGUGCGGAAGAUCAAGCUUUGUGGUAACUCAGUCUAUUUUCACUCCUCGGUGCUUGUUUGUGUCUCAGAGAAAGAUGGGUAACAGUGAAUUAUAACGUAAAGGUACAACAAAAGAACCACUGGCACUGACGCUGCAGAAUAUUUAGAAAUGCUUUGUAUAAAAAUAGAUGAUAUAUAACUCCAUCACAGUUAAGCUCAAAUAUUGUGUUUUCUUUUUUUAAUUAUUGAACUGACAUGAACAUGUUUAAAUUCAUGUCACUUUCACGGUUUGAAUUUCAUGUUUUUUUUUACAUAUAAAUGAUUGUGGAUAAUUAAUUUUGUAAAUCAGCGGUUUUCAGAUUGUGGCCUGGGUCCCUCUGUUGGGCUCAGAGCAACUGUGAGUGGGGGGAAAU